AUGCAUGAUGCUCUGAAGGAAGGAUCGGCUGAUGUUCCACCAACUCCUGACGUUGAUCCAUCAGCUGCGGACACAGGGACUGAUCUUUCUCCUCUCGGAAGAGAAAUCCGAGAAAUGAAUGAGUCGGACCGUGUGCCUCCUCUAAUGACCUGUGCGCUUUCUCUCCUUUUAGUCAAAUUAAAAGAAGCAGGUACCAGUAGUGGAGCUCUCGAAUCAGCCCCGACCAACGAAGAUGUCACAAUGCACGAAUCUGUUGGAGGAGAGACCACGCAUACAACAGAGGUCGAGGAAUUCAAUGAACAUCACCUCGAUUUCAAUCUCUCUGAAGGCGACCAUGAGUAUAUCUCCGACUUACUAUCGGGGAAAACUCCUGGUGCAGCCACGGAAUCCAGCGUUGGAGUCGGUUCAACAGAAGCAGGUCCUUCUGAAAGACCAGUUGCUGGAACUGAUACUACUAUAAUCAUUGGUACGUCUGAUCGACUAGAGGGUAGUGAACUUGUGCCGUGGACAGGAACCGAAGUUAAUAUCCAAUCAUCUAUUCCUGAAUUCCAGCCUACUACUCCUAUGGACCCCAUGAUGAUAGAAAAUGCUAUGGAAUUGAGAAGCGUUGAUCCGCAGGCCAUGUCGAGUGGCUUCGAGGGCCACAUAUAG